AUGGCGUCCGCAACGCGGUUACCCCUGAAAUCCAUAGCAUUUACGACUGCGCUCGUAGUCUCAGCAGGCGCAUCCAGAGUCAGCUUCAAGCAGCUCGCCCUCACCACUUUCACCGGACCAGGGAGUUAUUCGCGGAUAGUAGCAGCUCUGAUCGUACUUGCGAACCUCAAGAAUGUGCCGUUCGCAUGGCAUUUCCGCGUCUUCAACGCCAUCCUCAAACACUGCCUCUUCUCCCUCCCCAACAUCCCACCCGCCCUCGCCCCCUCCACGCUCUUCCUCCCCGUAAUAACAACCUCGCACUCUCCCCUCACAGAAUGCGACUACAACUUCCACAAAUCCAACAGCACAUACUUCUCCGACCUCGACGUAACCCGCUCGCACCUCGUCUGCGCCCUCAUCCAGCCCGGCAUCAAAGCCCUCCAGCAAAAUGCACAAACCAAACUCGUUCUCGACGCCCAGGGUAAACCUGUCCUGGGAAGAUGGAGCAUCAUGCUCGGCGGCGUGAUGUGCAGCUUCAAGCGCGAGAUCGGCAUGUACCAGGGCUUCGAGAUGUGGAGUCGCCUACUGUGCUGGGACAGGAAGUGGAUAUACGUCGUUACGCAUUUCGUGAAGAAGGGGACGGUGAAGCCAAGCGCAUAUAUCCUUACAGAUGGGAGCUGGUUUGGUGGAAAGGGGUAUAAGACUGUGAAGGGGGACAGUAACAGUCAGGAGGUGGAUGAGAAGGCCAUUUUUGCGAGCGCGAUUAGUAAAUAUGUUAUUAAGUUGGGACGGUUGACGACGCAUCCGGAGGUUUCGCUGAAUGCUUCGGGAUUGCUGCCACCCAAACCUGGCGGAUGGGCGACGAUGAGUGGGCCGUCCGGGGAGUCGACGCCGGAGACUUUGGAGGUUGAGGGAGAGGGCAGUGAGACGCCGGAGAGUGAGGGAUCAGAGGGAGAGUGGGAUUGGAAGAGGAUUGAGAAGGAGAAUAAAAGAGGUUUGAAGUUCGCAGAGCAUUUUGCCGCGCUGGAUGGAUUGAAUCAGGAGUUCACGGGAAGCAGGGAGGCGGCAUUGGGAAAGUAUAGAGACUUCUUGACGUAG